GGCCUUGUUUUGAAAAUUGUAUCGAGUGUGGUUUUGUGCGUUUGUUUUAUUCGGUAGUAAACCUAUGGCUGCAUAAUUAUUUAAUCGCAAUGGAGGGCAACCCGCCUGGCGACCCGGAAACGAAGGCGAGGGAUGUUCGGCUUCAAGGAUGUUUUCCUAGCUUGGGGGACGAAGACGACAAAAAGAAAUUAUUAUGGAUGGGAGGCGUAAUGAACUGCUUCUCCAACGUCUUAUCAUUCUUUAGCCAAACAGAUCUCAAAGCACAAGAUGAAGAGUGGGACGUACCGUACGAGAAGCUGUCGAACUUGGUGUACCUGGGGGCGGGAGCCCAGGGCAUCGUGUUCGGCGGCUCCACCCGCGGCGAACUCGUCGCGGUCAAGAAACUGCGCGACAGAAAUGACUGCAACAUCAAACACCUACGCAAGCUUAAUCACGAAAACAUAGUUCAAUUUAAAGGAAUAAGCACAAACGGACCGAGCUAUUGCAUAAUAAUGGAGUUUUGUCAAUACGGCCCCCUAUUUGAGUAUCUUCAUAGUGGGGCCUGCUUCAGACCAGCGCAAAUCCUCAACUGGGCCAAGGAAAUAGCACAAGGGAUGUCUUAUCUGCACAGUCAUAAGAUCAUCCACAGAGAUUUGAAGAGUCCAAAUAUCCUUGUGGCUGAUAAUCUCGUGGUGAAGGUCAGUGACUUUGGUACAAGCAAAGAGUGGAAUGAUGUGAGCGCUAUAAUGAGCUUCACAGGCACCGUCGCCUGGAUGGCUCCAGAAGUUAUAAGGCACGAGCCGUGUUCCGAGCGCGUGGACGUGUGGUCCUACGGCGUCGUGCUUUGGGAGCUUCUAACACAAGAAGUCCCAUAUAAAAACUUGGAGACGCACGCAAUCAUGUGGGGCGUGGGCACGGACACCAUAUCGCUUCCGAUACCUUCCACAUGCCCUAGUAGCAUGCAACUCCUAAUGAACCAGUGCUGGAAUCGAACGCCCCGAAACAGGCCACCGUUUAAAAUUAUUGCUGCAAGUUUAGAAAUAGCUGGUGAAGAACUCGCUUCGUUCCCUACCGCUUGUUUUAACAGCACCCAAGCAGAAUGGCGACAGGAGGUCCAAGAAAAUAUGCUGAAACUGUACGCCAGGUCUGAGUCGGAGAAGCAAGAGUCUGGCAGUGUGUCAAGCCCCGCGCGGCGUGAGGACCUGCGCAGCGCUCGCGACGUGCGCGUCGUGUACGAGCGGCAACUAAGCCGCGCCAACGAGCUCUACCUCGAGGUCUGCUCCGUGCGCCUGCAGCUGGAGCAGCGCGAGAAAGACCUGCAGCAGCGAGAACUCGCUCUGAAAGCCUGCCGUUGCGGAAUCCGCCGCAACCUCAAAUAUCACCACCAACCGACGACAGAAACCUCGAGUGACAUGCCGAUGCUACCGUUAAUGGACUCGCGGCGCCGCUUUUUCAAGAAGGACAAGGAGAAGAAGGAGCCGUCGCAGGUGAUCGUGAGCUUUAACGAGAAGGGCGCUUGCAAGACGGUGUCGGUGGCCGUGCCCGAGAGCGCCGUCAGCAAGGUCAUGAAGGACGUGACCUGCAUGUGCAAGACCAGCGCCGCACAGAGCGCUGAGAACAACAACUUGCCCGUCAAGAUGAAGGACACCGUCGUCGAGCAGAACGGGAACAUAGACAUCAAGCCCAAAGGUAGGCGUUUCGACAACUACCGCAAUAACAUCCCCGACAUCGCGCACGUGUAAGCGCGCACACAACAACACUAUGUUAGCCUCCCCCCCCUCCUUCGUAGUCGUGUCAGGAAAGGACCACCUUCAGGAAUCUCUGUCUAUCAACUUAAGUGUUACCGAGUCUCAUAGAUUAAGCUGUGUUCCCAAUAUAAAAAACCCAAAAAAAUACUCAAUGUCUAGAUGUUUUUGAUUUAAGGAAUAUCAAUCAACCUUUUAGUAAAGGAUUACAUGCAAAAUGAAGACAUGAAUUCCAGCUGUCCCGUCGCAAAUUGAUUAAUCUGAUAAAUGUGUUUAGCUGUUAACAAGAUAGAUUAGGUGAAGGUGUUGCGUUACAACUUGCGAUCACUUCGGCAGAGGGUCUUGUUUUACUUGCGCCAAGAAUAAUGCCUCUAGUUAGUAAAAUAUGUGUGUCAUUUGUAUGAGAUGGUAUUGCUCUAUUAUGUUGCUCUCUAAAUGAAGAACUGUAGCAACGGUCUCGCGGCCAUCCUGUCGACGACUGUACCGGGCUUUAAUAUGUCAUACAUAAUAUAUGUUCUUAUAAUAAGUUCCAUAUAUUAGUGUUUAGAAUAUCGUCAAAAUUUGAAAAUGGGUCCUUUCCUCCCUUUGUUUAGCGGACUGAAUGGUUGGCCUAACUUGCCAAUUUCCAUAUAUAUAUGUUUUGGUUCAGAACUCCGCUUACUCUGAUUCAACUACACCUUAAAUCACUAGUUCAUUGAACUUGAAACAGGGGUUAUAGCUUUUAGCGACUUUGCAUAUUGAAGAUGCGAAUUUGCGAUCGUUAUUACAUUCAGUCCGCUGCUAGUUAAUAAGUAGAUAAUGUUAAGAUAAUAAACAGUAUGUAUUAUGUGUAUAUGUAUGAAUCAGUUACUAUCCAUUAUAUAUUUUACUCCUCAAUUUGAUUCAACAUAACUUGCGUCUGUCACUACAAGUUACUCCUGUCUUACGGAUUUCAUACAAAAUUUCUUCAAUAGACAAAACAGGAUGCGCAACGAUACCACAGUAUUAUUAAAUAUCAUAUAAAGUGACUGAUUUUGUUUAUUCUAAUAUUAAGUAAAACGAAAAAGGCAUAAUUUUGAUUUAAUGCUUUUUAUGUAAAGUAUAAAGUUCGGUGGAGGAGGCUGGCUGAGUCAGUCCCUCCUCGCACGAAACCGAAUGUACUUCGUGAGGCGAGUCGUCUUUCGGCCACUCACGCUCCCCAUUUAGGUAUAGUCCCUAUUUUUGUAACUAAACUAAAGGAUAUUGAUCUACUCAUGUCUCGUAAUAUUUUUAUAACAUAUUUUUUGCUAAGCGUGCCGCGAUUGCACUGCUCCAUACCAUCUGAGGCAACCUGACUGCCUGGACACUGCUUAGUCUUGGUUUUAUAGUUCAUUUUUAGCUAAACUAGAACUGCGGCUUGUACAGGUUUCUCUGUAAAUAAACUCUAGCAUAAUAGCUCACGUGCUGUUGCGAUUAUAUAUAUUUGGUUUUUAAAUAUAUGUUUUUGAUAGUCGUUUACGUAUGCGGGCAUAGCUGAUAAAUGGAAUCAUUACAACAGGUUUCUGCUCUAUACAGCCGGUACAAUCUUACUUGCACUCAUUGCGAUAUCUGAGUAAUAGCUGUUGUGUAUUUAAACUUGUUUAAAUAGUAUAUAUUUCUUGCUUAAGCUAUAUUUCCGCUGGCCUAAAACUUACAACGAAUUAGUUUUCUUUUUAAUAUCGUAGUUUAUUCUUAGAUAAUUUAGUGGUUUCUAUUGAAAUCAAUUUAUAUAUAGUUAUGUAACAUCAUAUCUUGUGACGCCGUGCGAUGUAUGCUGUGUAAACUUGCAACUAAAUUAAUCAAUUUCUAGAAAUCCUACUGUUUUAUGAUAAACCAUUUAUGAGCUAUGCUCGAUGCGCGACUGUACAUAUUUCUUUACUGGACUAUGUUUGUUAUAUGGAUUUGAAAUCGGUUACUUACUUGUAUGUUAGUGAUUCAAUUAUCUUUUUUUAAUUGUGAUAUUUUUUUUUCGUUUGUUUGAUUUUAUGUUUUAUCGAAUUUUCUUUAUCGCUUUCAAACCAAAAUUAGAAUCGAUUUAGGUAUACGACUGCUAGUCUUUAUAAAUUGUCUCGCGAACUUAACUUACGAUACGCAAAAAAUAUGUUACCAAAGACAUUAGUGUUAUAUAUACUAACUAAUUUAUUUGAACCGAUUAUCCGGGUUCCGUACAAAGUGAUCGGGCUGCUGUCCAAGCAGUUCCCUAGUCGUAAUGUUUAGUUUACACGACUUAGUCCCAAAUUAUAGAUCUCGGAAAUGUUUGCAUUUAUUUUUUGUAUUAUUAGGUUAUAUUUUUUAUGUGCGGAACCGUUUGCUAUACCAGCGUGUGUGGACUGGGCCGAGGUACCCUUCAACACAUUCCUAGUUUGGCGUCGACUUUCGAGCGACGUCACGAGACUCGCGCGUCCAGUUCGCUUUAACACCUGGUAUCGUACACAUGAUUCACCUUUAUUUAUAAGUAAAACUAUUUUUUUAUAAAAACUACGAAAAUGUAUAGACUGCACUUAGUCUGAUAUUUUUGACACUAUUUACUAUUUACUGAUAACUCGUUACUGUGACAUUUUGGCACUGUACUCGCGCCUUCAGAUUUGUUGGUACUCAGCACUCUUUACGUGCUGUACAUUUCGAUCAUGUACAACUUAGAUGAAAUGUUUUAUUGAGACGGACGCUGGACGGUGCCAAUUUGCCAUCCUGUAGCCAAACCUCACUGACCUCUAAACUCUACGUAUUGUUAGGUUUCACAACUGUUAUAAACACUGCUUUAGGUUAGACUCCAUCACUACGCCCUAAGAGCUCGCGUCAAGUGAUAUCACUCGCAUUCUUACAAAGCGAGGUGGAAUCUUAUCCAGUAUUUAUAGCAGCUGUGGUUGGUAAAAGAAGGUUGUAAGCGGCUGAAGAGUGCCGAGCUAGCUGCGGCGUACGACCAUCAAGUGCGUACUGUAUUCACACUCGAGCCAAGUUGUAACUGGUCUCUUCAGCUUCUAGUGAUAUCGAAUUUCAAUUAUGAUUGUUCCCAGGGUCUGUAAGUCCUAGAUUUUAGUUCGUAACUUAUAUUUAAUUUGUACAUUUAUUGCUCAGUUAUGUUUAAUGAGUUCACCCCUGGCCCUGGAAUAGUUUAGUCUGAUUUAUAAUCUACUUAAAUAUAUACCUAUAUAUAUGUAUAAAAAAUCGAAAUAUGUAUGUCAUUGUAUGGAAAUAAAUAUUAUUAUCAAUAGU